CCUUCGGUGCAGUCGUCAUUCCCGUCUGGCUACCAGCUCCCCGCUGCCCUGCGCACGGCGGGCUGGCACGGGGCCUGGGGAAAGCGGAGCAGGUCUGCGGGGCUAAGUGUCCCGGCGGCGCACCUCGCGGCGAGAAUCAAGAAGAGGAGGAGGAGGAGACUGCAAGGAUAGACCCAGAGUAAUGGAAUCCAAAGAGGAAGAAGUGAUAAAAAAUCUCAAGGUGGAAAAUGCCAACGAGAAAAAUGAAGAAAAAGAUGAAAAGGAGCCAGUUGCUACUAAAGGGGGAGAGCCCUUGGCCCUCCUUUUGGAAGCUGAUGAAUACUCUGUGCCUAGAGGAAAUCGUAGGCGGUUCCGCGUUAGGCAGCCCAUCCUGCAGUAUAGAUGGGACGUGAUGCAUAGGCUUGGAGAGCCACAGGCAAGGAUGAGAGAAGACAAUACGGAUAGGAUUGGGGAGGAGGUGAGGCAGCUCAAGGAAAAGCUGAGGGAAAAGCACUUGAGUCAUAGUCUGCGGGCAGUUAGCACUGACCCCCCUCACCAUGACCAUCGUGAUGAGUUUUGCCUUAUGCCCUGAAUCCUGAUGUUUUCCCUAAAGUUUAUAGGGAGAAACCUGCUUCCAAAACUUACAUGUUUGUGACUUUUCUUGUAAACAUUUUGAUGUUACUUGUUUCUUGUGGGUCUCCCAUUACCAGCUUCUAAUUGAAUGUUGUGUUUUUUACCCUAUUUGUAAGUUUCUGUCAGCAGGGGAGUUUUACCUAUAAAAUGAA